GUUUACGCUCUUCUCUGAAUCAGUUCACUUCUGAAGUUCCAAGAGUAGCAGACGAUUUCUUGCGGCGUGAUGAAGUAAAGAGUGCUUUAAACACUCCAUCAGUUGAAGUAGAUUACUCGUGUGGGGUUUUCUAUUAUUGCUGCGAUUACGGUUGUGGUCUUCACGACGUCAUAUCCUUAAUUCAUUUGUGCGCCUGCUUCUGCUACCCUUGAUUUGUCAGUUUUUUAUUCAGCUGUUUUGGAAACUUUCUUUGCUAUUGUUCGUAGACAAAGUGGGUGUGCCCAUAUUUGAUUUUAAUUUUUUUUGGACUUUUGUGGAAUUAAUGCGUACUUAUUGUCGUCUAUGCUGUCCUACGAGCUAAAUGCAAAGAGGGAUCUGUUUUUAUCGGCAUGACGCGUCCACAGUUAAUUCCACGGUAGCUGCUCCAGCCGUUCCUUCCCCUCUCAGCAUCAAUUCCAACUCAUCAUCCAAAGAAUCAUUGUCAAGCAAAGAGGGAGACAGAAUGAAGGACAUGCUGCCCAAGGACAUAGAGGGCUAUGUUGGAUUUGCCAACUUACCAAAUCAGGUGUACCGCAAGGCUGUCAAGCGUGGCUUUGAGUUUACCCUCAUGGUUGUUGGUGAAGCUGGACUUGGGAAAUCUACACUAAUAAAUUCUAUGUUCCUUACUGAUGUUUACUCUACUGACUACCCUGGUCCUUCACUUCGAAUAAAGAAAACUCUACAGGUAGAAACUUCAAAAGUUCUUUUAAAAGAAAAUGGGGUUAAUUUAUUACUCACAAUGGUGGACACACCUGGCUUUGGAGAUGCUGUAGAUAAUUCACAAUGCUGGCAACCACUAUCUGAGUACAUUGACAAUAAGUAUGAAGAAUAUCUAAAUGCUGAAUCCAGGGUACACAGAACAACCAUUCCUGAUGGAAGGGUGCAUUGCUGCCUUUACUUCAUAGCCCCCUCUGGUCAUGGUCUUAAACCUCUAGACAUAGAAUUUAUGAAAAGGUUACAUGACAGAGUUAAUAUAAUUCCUGUUAUUGCCAAAGCUGACACGAUGACUCCGGAAGAGUGCCAUUAUUUCAAGAGGACGAUCAUGAGUGAGAUAGCACAAAACCAAAUAAAAAUCUAUGAAUUUCCUGACUGUGAUGAAGAUGAAGAAGAGCAUAGGCAACAAAAAAUUAUGAAGGAGCGGGUACCAUUUGCUGUUGUGGGGAGCAAUACAACUAUAGAUGUGAAUGGGAAGCAUGUCAGAGGCCGAAAGUAUCCUUGGGGUGUUGCAGAAGUGGAGAACAUGGAACAUUGUGAUUUUAUUGCAUUAAGGAAUAUGGUUUUAAGGACACACAUGCAAGAUUUGAAAGAUGUCACAAAUGGUGUUCAUUAUGAGAAUUUUAGGUGUCGGAAGCUGGCUGGUGUAGGUUCUGAUGGGAAACCAAUUCGGUUAUCAAACAAAAAUCCGCUGGACCAAAUGGAGGAAGAAAAGAAAGAACACGAAAAUAAGAUGAAGAGAAUGGAACAAGAAAUGGAACAAGUUUUUGAAAUGAAAGUCAGGGAAAAGAUGCAAAAAUUAAAAGACUCAGAAGUUGAUCUCCAAAGAAGGCACGAGCAGAUGAGAAAGAGUUUAGAUCAACAGAAACAAGAGCUAGAUGAGAGGCGAAAAGCAUUCGAGAAAGAAAAGGCAGCAUUUGAGCUAGCAAAUAAAGACGUAGAAGAUGCAUUUAAAAGAAUGACCAUGGACAACAAUUCCAAAGAGCAUUUGGAUGGGAAAGAAAAGAAAAAGGAAAAAAAGAAAGGUCUCUUCUGAGUGAAAUAAAAUUGGGUUUGACGUGCCUCUUUAUACCAAUGUUUGCUUUUGUACUGUCCAGUGUUACCUGCAACGUUAUGUAUCGUGUGGCUGUCGAAGGGGCGACAGCUCGGAAAACAAACCUGCUCACACCAAUUCCUCAUUUUUCAGUUGCAUUUGUAACAGUGCUUGUACAUUUUUCAUUGGAGCAUUCCUGUGUUCAAUUUUUAUUGAUUUGUAUAUAUUGGAACUGAAGUGAAAUGAGAUUCAUGGAUUUGUAUGGUUUCUGAAGGAAAAUAAAUCAUCUGUACUUAAAGAAUGCAUUUUAAACUUGAUUGAUGUAUUAGUCAAAGUAAUUAAUUUAAGUUUUUGAAUCUUCCAAAAAUAAUCCAGUUGGAAUAUUUGAACAAAACUUUUCUGUAUUUUCAUUUUAGUAUUUUCUUCAGAAUUAUAUGGAAUUAUAAUUUAUAAUACUUACUCCAUAUUUGGUGGCAUUAAAUUUCGAGCAUCAUUUAAAAGUAUGAACAUAUGCUACCGUAUUACCCCGCAUUAGCCGGUGUGCCGGAAAAAAGCGAGGUUGACCAGCGUGCUGGGAAAUUCGAAUUUUCCGCUAUGUCGGAUAUUGUGAGGUUUAUUUUGCAACAAAACAAAAUAGAUUUCCCCAUUCAGUUCCAAUCAGAAAGCAGCCCACUGAAUCAACCAUAUUAGCAAGAUAAAAUUGUGCUUUGCAUAUAAUAUCUGCUUGUUAUUUAUGGUAGGUCAUUAUUAACAGAUUUAAUUAUAUGCCUAUAAAUUACUUUAGGUUCCUUUUAUAAAGGUAAGUUUAAUUUUUAUUUAUUGAAUAGCUAAUGUAAAGUCUUUAGCACUGGUUUAGGGGCGCUAACUUACUGC